GAAAUGUGGAACAUGUUCAAGAAGCUUUCCAUCUAUUAAUUUAAUUAGUUGAAGCAAAAAGAGAGAAGAAAAAAAAUGUCAAGAGUCACCACCGCCGAGUUGCCAAUCACAGCUCGGAGCCGCUUGGCCGUACUCUCAGCUCAUCUAGCCGCUGUUUCCUUCGAACCCAAUGACCUCUCCUCAUCUCUCGACCCACUCUGCGUCUCCUCUCAGACCAUCGUCCAACCGCCUGGGAACCUCAAGGGUUCCUUGUCCAUCGUUGACGAGAGAACCGGUAGGAAGUACCAGGUCCAGGUCUCCGAAGAAGGAACCAUCAAAGCCACUGAUCUCAAGAAGAUAACGACAGGAGGAAAUGACAAGGGGCUCAAGUUAUAUGACCCUGGCUAUCUUAACACAGCCCCUGUUCGAUCAUCGAUUUGUUAUAUUGAUGGUGAUGAAGGAAUCCUUAGAUAUAGGGGCUACCCAAUAGAGGAAUUGGCUGAGAGCAGUACCUAUUUGGAAGUGGCCUAUUGCUUAAUGUACGGGAAUUUGCCUUCUCAAAGUCAGUUAGCAAACUGGGAAUUUGCUAUUUCUCAGCAUUCAGCCUUACCUCAGGGAGUAUUGGAUAUCAUACAUGCAAUGCCUCAUGAUGCACAUCCUAUGGGUGUGGUUGUCAGUGCAAUGAGUGCUCUUUCAGUAUUUCACCCUGAUGCCAACCCUGCCCUUAAAGGUCAAGAUCUUUAUCGGUCGAAACAAGUCAGAGACAAACAAAUAGCACGUAUUCUUGGGAAGGCACCAACAAUUGCAGCAGCUGCUUAUUUGAGGCUGGCAGGAAGACCUCCAGUUCUACCUUCUAGCACUCUCUCUUACUCGGAGAACUUCUUAUACAUGCUAGAUUCAUUAGGCAAUAGAUCGUAUAAACCCAAUCCUCGACUAGCUAGAGUUCUAGACAUUCUCUUCGUACUGCAUGCAGAACAUGAAAUGAACUGCUCCACAGCAGCUGCCCGGCAUCUUGCAUCAAGUGGUGUUGAUGUUUACACUGCUCUUGCUGGUGCUGUUGGAGCACUGUAUGGCCCCCUUCAUGGUGGAGCAAAUGAGGCUGUGCUUAAGAUGCUAACUGAGAUUGGUUCUGUUGAGAACAUACCAGAGUUCAUCGAGGGUGUGAAGAACAGGAAGCGAAAGAUGUCAGGUUUUGGGCAUCGAGUGUACAAAAACUAUGAUCCCAGAGCAAAGGUUAUUAAAAAUCUGGCAGAGGAAGUAUUUUCAAUUGUUGGUCGUGAUCCCCUCAUCGAGGUGGCUAUUUCUCUGGAGAAGGCUGCACUGUCGGAUGAGUAUUUCGUUAAGAGAAGGCUAUAUCCAAAUGUUGAUUUCUACUCUGGUUUAAUAUAUAGGGCAAUGGGAUUUCCGACUGAAUUUUUCCCGGUCUUGUUUGCAAUCCCUCGAAUGGCUGGGUACCUGGCCCACUGGAGGGAGUCCCUGGAUGAUCCUGAUACAAAGAUAAUGAGACCACAAGAGGUUUACACUGGGGUGUGGUUGAGGCACUAUACGCCACUAAAAGAACGGUUGGCAACAGAGGAAAAGGCAGAUAGUCUUGGACAGGUCUCCGUUUCAAAUGCUUCUAAGCGUCGACUAGCUGGAUCUAAAGUUUAAUCCUUUACUGGGGUUCCGUCUAAAAUUAUAUAUCACAAAGGGAAGAAAAAUAAAUUUCAUGAAAAUUUGCAGGGAGAAGCAUAAAUGUUUACAAAUCUGCCUAUAUUAGCAGCAGUAUGUUGGCAGAUUGUAGGUUAUGAAUGUAUUUACACCUCAAAUAAGUGGAACUUUCUUCACUGCUUGUAUCAAGUAAUGCCAUAUUAAUGGCGAGUUCCCCAUAUGAAUGCAAAGUUGUUUAGACAUA